CAAGGUCUGUCUUUGUUUCCCCUUCUGAGCCGCUUUCAAUAAUUAAAUAAUUUCCAUAUUCUUCUCCUAAGAACGAAAUACUUUAAUAGUUUGCAUAAAGUAUUGCAUAUAUUAAGAUCUUAUACAAAUUUAGAAAAAAAAUCUCUAUCCAAGCCUUUUCUCUCUCCUCUCCCUCGCUCCCUCCCCGUUGCAAAGAACCCUAGAGGGACAGCUCUAUCCGAAGAUUAUUGAAAAGAUUAGAAAUGUUUUGUAUGGGUUGAUCGAAAUUGUUGAAAGUAUCAGAUAUUUCAGCCAAUUUCACCAAAGGUCUCUGCAUUUCUUCACAUUUUUGCUAUUAUGGAUGACGACGGAGGAUUGAACAUGCGAAGCUGGGGCAGCUACUUUGAGCAGCCCAUGAAGGGAAGUCUAGGGUUGCAGCUCAUGUCCAAUUUGACAGCAGACCGCGAUACUAAGCCCCUUCUCUCCAAUGGAGGAUUCCUCCACAGAGAUCGUGGAAUUCCAGAACAUUCUGCCCCUAUGGACUUUGUUAGAGAUGGCUGGAUCCAUCACAACAGGGACACCAACAAAAUCCUUCAUGUUCUUCCAAUGAACCAUCAUCAAGGUUUCAGUAUGAUCCCUGAUACUUCUGGAGCGCACACAAUUCACAUGUUGCAGACACCUCAUCCCCCAAAGGAAGAGAAGAUCGCUCAUAUUGAUAACUCCAUUGAUAAUAAUGAUGCUACUCAAAAGAAGAGGUCUCAGGGUCGCACCAUCAAGGCUCCAAAGCAAAAGAAGCCUAAAAAGGUUAAUAAUCAAGGGAGAGAUGAUCUGAGCAAUGGUGCUAUAUCUAAGGGGAAUAAUGGGAAGAAGAGCACUGAUUUGGUGAUUAAUGGGAUUGAUUUGGAUUUGUCGGGAAUCCCUCCUCCAGUGUGUUCGUGCACUGGAAAUCCUCAACAAUGUUAUAGAUGGGGAGUUGGGGGAUGGCAGUCUGCUUGUUGCACUACAAGCAUUUCGACGUAUCCACUUCCAAUGAGCUCAAAGAGGAGGGGAGCACGAAUUGCAGGUCGGAAGAUGAGCCUUGGUGCAUUCAAGAAGGUUCUAGAGAAGCUUGCAGGAGAGGGGCAUAAUCUUUCAAAUCCGAUUGACUUAAAAACUUUCUGGGCAAAACAUGGGACCAACAAAUUUGUGACAAUCAGGUAAAUGAUGUUACUUGCCUUCUUGAUUCUGUUAGGCUGUGACCUUUGCAUAGGAGUCUGUUCUUCCUGUGUAUAUAAACGUGGGUCCUGGUGCUGAGGAAUUGCGGAGUAGUUGUAGUAGUUUAAUUUUCAUUCUAUCAUAUUUAAAUGCCUUUUCGAGUUCAGACUUGACGAGUAAUAUGGACGGUGAUGUUCUCUUGUUUAUUGUUUACAAACUUAAGUGUAAUGGGAGAACUUUGCUGACUAAUUUAGAUGGCUUGUCAUUAAUCAGCAUUUUCUUGUUUGGUUC